AUGACCUAUCAACCAACCAAAGCUAGCGUAUCUCUUGAUGUUACCGGCAUUGACGGUGUAGAACCUUCGUCUGGUCCGGCUUCUCCGCUGGCAUCAUCAGAAGCCUCGUCCUCAACAGCCCGCGACCCGCAUACCCUCCCGGUCUUCUCCAAGACCAGCCCACCAAAACGGCCUAUCCUCUACCUGCCGCCUCUGCUAUCGUCGCUCCCGCAUGAGCACGAGCAUCACCACGACCACCAGCAUGACGACGAGUCGCCAGUAGUGCACACGACCACUCGGCUGCCGGACAUAGACCCUGCCUCACUCUCUCUGCACAAGGCUUUGCAUGGCUUCUCGCCCGCUACGGAGCGUUACGCGGACACGUCGUACGCUGAGGCGUUCAACUGGGACGAACUUCAAUUGCCGGAGGAUGAGGAGCGCGAGUGGUACUGCGUCGCCUUCCGUAGCAAACGUCUCGUAGGUAGCGAGAACGCACCUCUCUACGACGCCGACCGCCUCGCACACGAGGAGGCUAUCCGUAACGGCGGUCUCAUCCUUUAUUGGUACGGCACACCCGACCAGGAGACGGGGCUCAACCUCGCGACGUGCAUCUGGCAAAGUCGGGCUCACGCUAUCGCGGCCAACUCGCGCCCGCACCACAUCAAGGCUAUGCGCUUAGCUGCAGCUAGCUACGAGCGCUACGACCUCGAGCGUUGGCGCUUGGUCAAGGAGCGCGGCGAGCGCGGGGUCAAAGUACAAGAGUACACCGGUGGCGAUGUCGGCUGGUAG